AUGGAGGCCUCAAAUGGGCAAGGGGGUGAAGGAGACAAGCCCCUAAAGAAGGUGACAGAUGCACCCUACUUAGAGAAGAGCUCCUGCACCACCCAUUCUGGAGACUCACUUGUACGCCAUGCCAAGGGUCUGGACCAGGACACCUUCAAAAUUUGUAAAGAAUAUCUAAGGCCACUGAAGAAGUUCCUGCGAAAGUUGCACCUGCCCAGGGACCUUCCCCAGAAGAAGAAGCUAAAGUACAUGAAGCAGAGCCUGGUGGCCCUAGGGGACCACAUCAACACCUUUCUGCAACACUACUGCCGAACCUGGGAAAUCAAGCACUGGAGGAAGAUGCUCUGGCGAUUUGUCUCUCUCUUCUCAGAACUGGAGGCAAAACAGCUUCGCAGGCUCUACAAGUACACCAAGAGCAACCAGACAGCCAAGUUCCUGGUGGCGUUCUGUCCCCUGGACACCCCGGAGAGCUCCUUGCUGGCCAACCAGGAAGACAGUCUGCCCAAGCUCUGCAGUGCCUGGGGGCUGCACGGCAACAUCAGCGGCAUGAAGGAGAGGCUGUCCAAGAUGCAGGCCCCUGGCCGAGAGGCCUCCCUGCUGGGGGAGCCAAGAUCCCAGAUCCAGGUCAUGAAAGAUUCUCUAAGGAAACUUCCUCACAAAACAAAACUCGAGAAUAAGAGAAUUAAGGAAGUCCCAGAGACUCCAGAGACCUGCCCAUAA